AUGCCCCGUUUCACCUUCUCAUGCACUAUACACUUCGCCCCUCCUGGUGCUGCCAAUCCAGUGGGAGUGUGUGAUGAUCUGGAUCCGGCAGCACUGGCGGCUCAGCAUACGCUGCUCUCACAGAUCCACAUCCUCGACACAGGCGCCUCACAGCACAUCUUCUGCCGCCGAAGCAAAUUCGGGUCCCUUGUUCCCUACACUGGUCUUCCCUACACAGGGCCAAGGGCCCAGUUCCUUCCCCUGGGCACCGGCACAUAUGACCUGCCAGUGAAGGUCUGUGGAAAAGACCACCUGCUUACCUUCCAAGACGCCCUCUGUGCCCCUGACGCAGGCGUCAAUCUGGUGUCCGUCGCAGCCCUUGGCAAGGAGGGGUGCUGGAUCCUUGGCAACGGCGAGCACGCCGCCAUCGUUAAAGGCGGCCAGAUCGUGCUGACGGCCACUGUGGCUAAUGGUGUCUAUGUGAUUGACGAGCCAAACAGAGACAUCAACGCUGCACUGGCUAGCCUGCGCACCCAGGAUCCUGACCUGACCCUCUGGAACGAAGCUACUGAUGAAAUCAGGCGUCAUAGCAACCCUUCUGCCGUCAGCAGCGAUCCAGCUGCCCUGAUCACCUCGCAGGUCCAAGAUCCUAAUCUACGCAUCUGGCAUGAGAGACUGGCCCACCUCAGCGAGCGCAACAUCAAGAGGCUGCAAGGGAUGUCCACUGGACUGCGACCCCAAGCGCCACAAGACCCGUGCGAGGCCUGCGCUAUUGGCAAGAUCAAGGAAGGACCGCAUAGGCACUCUAUUCGAAAGGGAACCCGGCCGCUAGAAAGCCUGCACAUUGACAUCUGUGGGCCGUUUCCAGACAUUGGAUACGACGGCAGCAGAUACUGGGUGGUCAUCCUAGAUUACACUCAGUACGGAUGGACCUUUAGCGUGAAGCAUGAGACGCCUACCAGGCGGUGCCUCUACGUGCGGAUGGACCUGGGAGGUGAGAAUCGCUCCAAGCUGCUAGACGCCUUCUGCACCGACAAGGCGAUCGAGGUCAUCUACGCCGCCACGGAACAGCACCAGCAAAACGGCGCUAUCGAGGUCUUCCAUAGGGUCCUAAGUGAGAAGCUCAAUCCUACGCUAAUUCGGUCGGGCCUCGAGCGCAAAUGGUGGCCCUACGUGCUCCAGAGCAUCACCUACGUCCGCAAUAUGUCCCCUGCGGCCAAGUCACCUAUCACACCGUACGAAGCCUGGCACGGCGAGGAACCUGAUGUUACCCAUCUUCGAGUCAUCGGAUCAAAGGCCUGGGCACUACUACCAGCGGCCAAACGCAGGAAGCUACAGCCUAAGGGUAUCCCGUGCAGAAUGCUAGGGUACCAGGGGCACUGUAACUACGUCCUGCUUGAUAGCAACAACAGGGUCUUCGUGUCUCCCAACGUUAUCUUUGUCGAACACAUCGCCAAGCCUGCGGUCUCCGAGAGACAACCCAAGAGGUCCAAGACUGGUCAAAGCCUUGACCAGCUGAUCCAGGAGGAAGGCCAGCAAGCCGAACGCCCGCCUCGGACACUCCGCAACGGCAACGAUACAACGGCCGAGACAACGCCGAUUUACACACCAGCAACCUCCACAGCGCUCUCGCCCGAGCCUGAAGAUAGUCAAACCCCAGAUUCCACGCCAGACCUGUCUGACGGCUCUGAAGACAACAUGGUGUCGUAUGGAGACGACAGUGUCCUGCUAGACCUGCUGGAAGACACAAGCCCCGAACCAUCUGUUUACUCAACCAUCCAUGCCGCCGCUGACCCGAUCAGGCCGUCGGUCAGAAGGUCCACCAGACCAAGAGCUCCCCCUCUGCGCUACGGCUAUAAUUUCGAUCACGCCUACGCAAUGGCUAUGGCCAUCUCACAGCAAUGGGAAGACCACGAGCCCCUUACCUUCAAACAGGCCAUGCAGUCAGACAGCGCCAAGCACUGGCACGCCGCUAUGGCUGACGAAAUCCAGUCCCUGAAGGCCCUGCGAGGGAAGUGGGGCUACGAGCAACUGGAAGGCAUCGACUAUAGCGAAACCUUCGCCUCAGUGGUCAGGCCAGAAAGCUACAGAACAAUUUUUGCCAUAGCCGCCGCUGAAGACCUAGAGAUCGAGCAAAUGGAUGUCAAGACCGCUUUCCUCUACGGGGAUAUCGACGAAGAAGUCUACCUCGAGCAGCCAGAGGGCUUCGAAGACGGCACUGGCCGCGUCUGCAGGCUCAAGAAGGCCAUCUAUGGGCUCAAGCAGGCGCCUCGCAUCUGGUUCCAGACCAUCGCCAAGUUUCUUGAGACACUAGGCUACAGGCCCAUUGCGGCAGACGUCAGCGUCUUCGUCCGCGGCAAGAGCAUCAUCGCAAUCUACGUCGACGACCUACUUCUCACUGGAGCCUGUCCUCGGGAGGUCCAACGGAUCAAGGAUGCCCUCAGCAAACGCUUCCAGAUGACUGACCUAGGUCCCUGCUCCCAUUACCUAGGCAUUAAGGUCACUAGAGAUAGGGCCAGGCGUCGGAUCGAACUGUCCCAGCGAGCCUACAUCGAAAAGAUCCUUAGAACCUACAACAUGUCAGACUGCAACCCAGCGAACACCCCUGGCCGCAGAUCCGCUCCAGCCUCCCGCAGAAGGCUGGCACGCCCUCCCAAGUAUCAGGCCGCCUAUGCCAAGAGGGUAGGCUCACUGAUGUAUGCGAUGCUCGGCACUAGGAGCGAUAUCUGCUUCUCCGUUGGCGCCUGCUGCAGACACCUUGCCAACCCAACGCCCCAGCACCAGACAGCUGUGAAACGCAUCAUGAGAUAUCUCAAGGGCACCAUUGACUCCGUGCUAGUCCUCGAGGGACCACUGCAGCCGAUCCAAGGCUACACUGACGCGGACUUCGCGGCGGACCUGCACACCCGACGAUCCACGUCAGGCUUCUUCUACAGCCUCGGCUCCGCAGCCAUCAGCUGGACCUCCAAGAGGCAGCCCUGCGUCACGCUCUCAUCCACAGAAGCCGAAUAUGUGGCCCUGACCCAGUCAGCCCAGGAGGCCAUCUGGCUGCGUUCCCUAAUGAAGGACCUAUGCCACCCACACAGGCUGGGCCAACAGCCAUACACGAGGACAACAAGGGCGCUAUAG